CUUGACAUUUGUAUAAAAAUAUUCGCCGUGUGGUGCAGCAGCAAAUCCAUGCACAUUUUGGAAGAAGUUCACGCCUUGAGUUGUGUGUUUUUUGUUUAAUUUUUGAGUUCCCAACGUGCAUUACUAAUUAAUUAAUUAAACAAAUUAAUCAAAUCGCAUUGCUGGAGGAAAGAUGUCUCUCGCUUUUCAAAAUGCCGAUUCCAUUAAACAAGCUCUCUUCGAAGAGCUACAAAAUAUUCUCAGCUCUGAGACAAGCAUACGAGUUUCAGCUGAAGGACGAAUGAAACAAUUAGAAUUUACUGAAGGUUAUGGAGUCUAUCUCUCCGAAUUAAUAAUGAAUCAAUCAUUUGAAUUGAGUCUGAGACAAAUGGCCUGUGUCAUGUUGACACGUUAUGUUGAAAAUCAUUGGAAUGAAAGCGAAGAGAGUACUGUCGCCACCGAACAGGCCAAAAAAACAAUACGAAAUAUCCUUCCGAAUGGAUUGUAUGAUCCAAAUAGUAAAAUUCGUUCGGCAGUGGCUCAUGCUAUAUCGACAAUAGCUGCCACCGAUUGGCCAAGUGUUUGGACAGAUUUAUUUCCAAUUAUUAUCAAAUGUUUGGGUGGCAAUGAAGAUUCAAUUCAUGGGGCAAUGCAAAUACUUCAAGAAUUCUCAUAUGACGAGAGUCAAAUUAAGGAACUCGGUCCGUUUAUUAUUUCGGAGAUUUAUAGAAUCUUUGAGAGUGAACAGACUUAUUCAAUGAAAACACGAACUUCGGCAAUUAAGCUGCUGAAACCACUGUUCAUGUCGAUUAAUUGUAAUAUUAUGAAUCGACAGCAACAGGCUGCUCUUAUGGAGCCGGUUUUGAAUAAUUUCAUGGACAAAUUGUUGCAAUCUUUGGCCAUGAAUUCGGUGACGGACUCGAAUUUUUUGCUAAAGACUGAAAUUGUUAAAAUGUUCACCUUUUUGGUCACCGAAAUGCCAAAAUAUAUCCAGCCGUUUAUGAACAGACUCCUUCCACCAAUCUGGCAACUACUCACUCAAGUUGCUGACAUCUAUGUGAAGGUUACAGUCAACCAGACCGAAGAGAAUCCCUUCCAGCAAUCCGAUGAUGAAGAUUUAGAUGAACUAACCAACCUCACCACAAUGUUAAUUCAAAUCUUUGAAUUCAUUCAAUGCAUUGUUGGUUCGGGAAAGUUCCGUUCGGUCAUUAAGAAUGUCCUAACCGACUUGAUCUACAUCAUGAUUGUGUAUAUUCAAGUUCCGGUUGAACAAAUCGAAGCCUGGAAUGAUGAUCCAGAGAGAUUUGUCGAAGACGAAGAUGAAUCUGGUGUGGAAUUAACAAUACGACUUUCAGGACAAGAUGUCCUGAUUGCGCUCAAUGAUGAAAUCGGUGGCAAAGUGUUGCCAGCACUUUCCGAAGCACUCGGUCGGCAUAUGAAUGUUGCCGAAGCAGAAAAGUCUUCGGGCAAUCAGAAUUGGUGGAAAAUCCAUGAAGCAUGCAUGGUAGCUGUGCACACAUGUCGCGAAUUGAUUUUAGAAACUGAGGAUCAAUUUGAUUUGUUGAAUUAUUUAACAUUGGUUCGAAAUCUCUUGAGUUAUAAUGAAUCACCGCAUUUAGUUGGACGUUGUUUGUGGACUUUGAGUUCAUAUUCGAAAUCAUCGUUGUACAAUCCACAAAUGUUGGAAGAGAUUUUAACUGUGACUUUGAACAGUUUGUCACGGGAUCAACCGAUUGUGUUGAAAAUAUGUGCCGUUAGAGCGAUACAUGGAUUUGUGGAAAGUCACGAGAAAACUGAGGGUGAGAAGCGUCUACUCAUACAAUCGAAACUAUCAGGGUUUGUUGAAGGAAUUAUCGACUUAAUUCCGGGAUGUAAGAGUUCGGUUUUGGGACUGUUGCUUGAGUCACUGACAACUAUCAUCACGUUUGAUCAAGGUUUUGCUGCUUCAGUCCACAACAAGCUUAUCCCUCUGGCAAUUGCAGUCUUCCUCAAAUAUCCCGAAGAUCCAUUUAUUUUGGAACUGGUCCAGGAUAUGCUGAAGGUUCUCUCACAAAAUCCACAUUGUUUGCAACCUUUGCAAGAGAAAUUCAUUCCAACCAUUAUUAGCAUUUUAAAUAUGCAAGGAGAACAAGCAGCCAACAAAGAUAUCGCUUUGGAUGUUCUCACAACCAUAGUCAAAUACUCGUCAGCUCCAUUGAGUGCCAAUCUAAUUGAUAAUGCAUUUCCAGCUAUGAUUCACUGUGUUCUUCGUUCAGAUGAUCAUUCAGUGAUGCUAAGCGGCGGAGAGUGCCUUCGAGCAUUCAUUUUUGUAUCACCAGAGCAAGUGUGUUCAUAUAAGAAUGGCGAAGGACUCAAUUACAUCAUGCAGGUAACAACAAUGCUCCUAAAUCCAAUGAACAAUGAGAUGACUGCUGGUCAAAUUGGUCGUCUUGUCAUUACAAUCAUAUCAAAAGUUGGAAAUCUUCUUGGAGAGAAUAUCGAUCUUUUGUUGAAAGCAGUUAUAAGCAAAAUGCAAUUAGUUGAGUGCCUUAAAGUAAUAAUGAGUCUUGUAGUGAUAUUUGCGCAUCUUUUCCUAACCCAAAUGGAUGCUGUAUUGAAUUUCCUAUCGACUGUACCUGGUCCAACUGGUGAGCCAGCUUUGCAAUUUGUUUUCACAAAUUGGCUAUCAAAACAAACCAUGUUCUUUGGAUCCUACGAACGUAAAGUUACAACAAUGGCUCUUUGCAAACUAUUCGAAUAUGGUGUGACUACACAAGACAAUCGUUUAACAAGUAUCACUGUUAAAGAACUCAUGACCACCGAAUCGGGAAGUAAAAUCAAAACUCGCUCACAAACAACAUCCACAUCACAUUGGGUAACAAUUCCAGCUUUGGUGAAAAUGUUUAAGCUGCUCAUCAAUGAAUUGGGUCAUUUGAGGGAAUCGAAGUUGGCCGAUUUGGAAUCAGAUGAGAAUAGUUCGGAAGAUGAAACUGAAUCGGGAGAAAAACAAUCACCGAGUAAAUCUCGUUAUGUAUCGGAUUUGUAUUUCAAUGAUGAUGAAGAUGAGAAUCCUGAUGAUGAUCAAUUGAUACAGGAAUUAAUGAAAGAUCCACUAUUCCAAGCUAAUAUUGAAGAUACUUUGACUAAGUUUUUGAGAAAUUUCAGUAGCAAUGAACAUUUUAAUAUGUUUGUUGAGCAUUUGAAUGAAGCUGAGAAAGUUAUCAUGAAAUCAAUUCAAGUUGAUGUUGUUUAGUUUUUUGAGUGAGUCUUCCGAAGAGAGAAGGACCAAAAUGUUAUUUAUUAAAACAAAAAAAUAAUUAAAGUAAUGCAAAUAUUUUUUUUUUAUAUUUUA